AUGGUGAUAGGGAUGGCCCGGCCUUUCCAAUUCACACAAGCCGCCGCCCCUUCCUUCCCCAACACACAAGCCCGCCCCCUUCCCACAUUCACACAAGCCCGCUUUCCCACAUACCACAAGCCGCCCCUCCCCACAUUCCAAAGCCCGCCCCUUCCCACAUUCCACAAGACCGCCCCUCCCCAACUUCACACAAUCCGCCCCUUCCCACAUUCACACAAGCCGCCCCUUCCGCAAUUGACAAAGCCCGCCCUUUCCACAUUCACAAGCCCGCCCCCUUUCCCAGCAUUCACACAAGCCCAGCCCCCCUUCCCUUCCACACAGACACACAAGCCCCGCUCCCGCUUCCCCACAUUCACACACAGCCCCGCCUUCCCACAUUCACACAAGCCCAGCCCCCUUCCCACAUUCAACAAGCCGCCCUUCCCACAUUCACACAAGCCAGCCCUUUCCACAUUCACACAAGCCGCCCCUUCCCCCAUUCACCAAGCAUUCACACAACACAAGCCGCCCUUCCCAACAUUCACACAAGCCCGCCCCCCUUCCCCAACAUUCACAACAAGCCCGCCCUUCCCCAACAUUCACACAGCCCGCCCCCCUUCCCACAUUCACACAGAGCCCCGCUUCCCUUCACAAAGCAGCCCCUUCCCUACAUUCACAACCCGCCCUUCCACAUUCACACAAGCCCAGCCCCCUUACCCACAUUCACAAGGCCCGCCCCCUUCCCCCACAUUCACACAGCCAGCCCCUUCCCUUCCCACAGACACCACAGCCGCUCCCAGCCCAUUUCACACAAGCCCGCCCUUCCCACAUUACACAGGCCCUUCCCCCUUCCACAUCCCUUCCCACAUCACACAGCCCGCCCCUUCCCCACAUUCACACAAGCCAGCCCCUUCCCACAUUCACACAAAGCCGCCCCUUCCCACAUUCACACAAGCAGCCCUUCCCAAUUCACAAAGCCGCCCCCUUCCAAACAUUCACACAAGCCCGCGCCCCCAAGCUUCCCACAUUAACACAAGCCCGCCCCUUCCACAUUCACAGCAAUGCGCCCCCUUCCAAUUCCACAAGCCGCCCGCACAGACACAAAAAUAA